UCCCCCAAAUUCAUAAUUAUUUUUCAGAUCUGGUUUGUUUGAUUAAAAUUUUGAAAUCCGUAUGAAUGAAGCCCUCGAAUGUGGAAGCUGGGCUCACCUUGUGUAUGGUGUUUGUCAUGAAGUAGGCGUGGAUAAGUUGGCCAAAAAUUGGUAGGCGCCGGAAAUGAGAACUUCUAAGGAGGGUGAAGGAGUGGUUGGAAGCAAAAGGAGGUUGCAAUUAAACCAGGUUCUUGAAUUGGAUGGGGAGGAAGAGUUGUUGGAUGAUGUAGGGGAAUAUUGUAGUGAUGAUGGGUUUGACGAAGAUGAUGGGGUAGGUGAUGGUGUAGAGUCUGAAGAUGGUGGAGUUGAGGAGGUAGAAGUUGGUGAAGAACGUUGGGAAGAUGACGAGGAUGAUGUUGUGGAUGAUUAUGAUGAAGCAUUAGAUGAAGGAGAUGAAUUAGAUGAAGAAUUGUGUAUUGAAAAUGAUGAUGACCUGAAUGAGGUUAAUGAUGAUAAUUAUGAUGAAUCCGGAGAAAUGGGAGUGGGGCGAAACACUACUUGUAUGGAGGAUGGAGACAUUGGAUGCCCUGGUGAUGGAGAUGGGGUUUCAACCAUUAACGCAGAUUUGUAUACAACUCCUACGAAGCGGAACAAAGGUCCCGUUCUACCGACCCCUUCUGUUGGAAUGUCUUUUGCUAAUUGGGAAGCAUUGAAUAACUAUUUUCGAUCCUAUGGGGAGCAACAAGGUUUUGGUGUAGUGUGUAUGGGAGGGAAUAAGAGCGGGGUGAAAGACAGUGAAACGGGCAAAUCGAGUUCCCUGAGGACCUAUGUUUGGCGGUGUGAGUGUCAUGGAAGGCCAAAAUACCGGCGGAUGGUGAAUGGCAGGGUAGUUACCUGCGCAGAGGAACCAAUUCUUAAGAGGAAGACGAAGAAGUGUAGUUGCCCUGUUAUGCUAUAUGGGGCUCGGACCAAAGAGAAUUUAUGGGUUGUGAAGAGUGUUGUUACUGAACAUUUGAACCACAUUCCCACUCCUACCAAGUCCAACCAUAUUUCCAUGUUCCGGGUCAGGAAAAUUACUCAGACAAUCCUGAAACAGAUUGAAAAUGAUCACGAUUCAGGUGCACCUGUGGCUCAGAUUUUCAAUAACUUAGCGGGAAGAAGGAAUGGUGUAGAGAAUAUUGGUUUUACGAAAAAAGACGUGCAUAAUAUUUUGAAUAGGAGGAUGCGAUUAAGGCUACGAGAUGGGGAUGCUGUUGCGAUGAUAAAUUAUUUAGAUAAAAUGACAAAGGAUAAUCAAAAAAUUUUCCAUCUGCACCGGCUUGAUAAAACAGGGAAGUUGCAGGAUGUAAUGUGGGUUGAUGCUCGUAGCAGAGCCGCGUAUGAGUACUUUGGGGAUGUGGUUUGUUUUGACUCCACGUACUUGACAAACAAGUAUGAGUUGCCAUUUUCGAACUUUGUUGGGGUGAAUCACCAUGGGCAAACAAUUUUGCUUGGAUGUGCAUUAGUGUCUCAUGAAACCGCGGAAACGUUCGUUUGGCUCUUUAGGGCAUGGUUGUCUUGUAUGGGGGGUAAAGCUCCCGCUGCUAUUAUGACCGACCAGGAUGCGGCUAUGAGGAAGGCAAUUAGAAUAGCAAUGCCAAUGCCUAAAACCAGACAUCGUUGGUGUAUGUGGCAUAUUAUACAGAAGUUCAGCCGAAAAUUGGGUUCGAUGACUGAUUUUCCCCAAAUAAAAGUUGCCCUACAGAAUGUCAUAUACAACAGUUUGACCCCUGUUGAAUUCGAAGAAGGUUGGGCUGAAGUGGUGGAAACUUUCAAGCUGAAGGAGGCUAAGGAAAGCUACAAGUGGCUAGUAGGGUUGUAUAAUCAGCGAGAAAUGUGGAUACCUGCAUAUGUGAAGCAUAUUUUUUGGGCGGGGAUGCAGACGACUCAGAGGGUUGAGAGUAUUAACAGUUUCUUCGACGGGUACUUGAAGAAGAAUACGAGAUUAUAUCAGUUUGCUCCUAGGUACUGCAAGGCCAUGGAAAGUAGGGCCAAUGAUGAAAAAGCUGCUGAUGUGAACUGCUGUCGUUUUACUCGGUCUUUGGUUGGAGAGUUUGCUGUGGAGAGGAAGUUCCAGAAACUAUAUACGGAUGCGAAGUUCGUUGAAGUCCAGAUCCAAUGUAUGCGGGUAUGUUACGUAACACCUAUUACUUCGAAAGUAGUUUCUGAUGUGGAGGUUGAGCAUACGGUGUCUGACAAAGUAUGGGUAUGGUCCAAGUUCUUGAGAAAGGAAAUAUCUUUGGCAGGCCGGAAGCGUAUAUAUGUCGUGCUGUUCAACAAGGAGACCUCUUUUGCAAAGUGUGACUGCAAACAUUUCGAGUGCCACGGCAUUAUGUGUAGGCACAUCAUUAAGGUGUUGGACGUGGAGGAUGUGGAAAAUGUGCCUGUUGGAUAUAUAGUUGACCGAUGGAGGAAAGAUAUACAACGCAAGCACACUCUUGUGAAGGUUGCUUAUCAUGAUCCCGAGAAAACAGAAGAAGUUAAGCGCUAUGACCGGAUUAUGAAUGCGGUGGAACCUGCUGCCCUCUGUGGAUCACUUUCCGAGCAGAAGUUGGAUUUGGUCAUAGAAGGUAUUAUGAAUAUUGUGUUACGUCUUGAUGAGAGUGAUGCUCUUUCAGCAUUUGGUGAUAACGAAGCUGGUGCACUGACUUCCGGGGGGAACAGGAUGGCGAUUGUUGGUCCUACGACACCAGGCUCCGUUAACAAACCUCCAAACAGCGUUGGGGAUGAUACUACCACACUUACCCCCCCUAUUAUGGUUAAAGAUCCUGUUCCGCGCGGUGGUUUAAAGGCUCACAGGACUCGUGAAAAAAGAUUUUUACAACCAGGUGAGAAUAAAAACUCCGCAAGGAAGCAAGUCAGGAAAAACAAGAGUGUUGUACCACAAGACUUUCCAGAAACCAGCAAUUGUCAGAACACUUGCCUUCCUCAACACAACUACGUGCAGCCGCCAAACACCUUCCAUCCUGGUUGGGGAUCCCACGAUCAAUGUGGGUAUAGUGCUGAUUACCCGCCUCAAAUGGCUGGGCAAGUAAGGGGGACUAUGGUAUACCCUCAGCAGAACUACAACAAUGGGGUAUCUGUUCAACAGUUUCAGGUGAUUUUUUUCGUGUCCUUUUGUACCACUCAUGUUAUUAAAUGUUUAUUAACCGUCAACAACAUUUACCUUACAGAAAUUCGCAUGUCUGUGGGUGGGAUUCGUAUGACCCCGGAGGGUGGUGACGUACUUUUGUCCCAAGACCGUUGUGGUAUAUCAAUGUCACAAAACAUAUCUGGUGGUCCAAUUGCCCAAAACCGAUCCGGUUUACACAUGUCCCACAACAUUAAUGGUGUGCAAAUGUCGCAAAACUUGAGUGGAGUGCAAAUAUCUCAGAUGUCGCAAAUGUCCCAGAAUGCUGGUUCCAUUCGUUACUUCACCAGUAACAGCAGCAACAGAGGUGGAAAUUAUCAAGAGGCCGGGACUCAUUGUAUGCCUGCAAAUCAUAACCAGCACCGGCAUAGUUUCCAGGUUGUGAACGAAACCUCCCAUGGGGAUCACCGUAGUUAUCAACCAACUACUAAACACUUGUUGCAGUCCAAUCCGGGUUUUUUAGUCAAUGAGGGUGGGUGUGGAACGCAUUCUACACAUGGCGCCAGUGGUAAUCCAGUAUUCACUCAAGACCUGCUCGGUUGUCAUGACCUUACGAAGAAUUAG